AUGAGGAGUCUGAAGUUUCUUAUAUUCGCUCUGUUCGGCCUGAAUUCGGCGGCCGAAAAAGUGACGGAGCCGCAGCCGUCUGUGGCUGCAUCUGAAUUGAAGGUGAUGCAGGAGGAGGUUAAUGAAAAUCGCCACGAUUUCACGGAAGGGGGUUUCGACGAUGCAGAUCCAGAUGAUGGUGGGGAAAAUGAGGCAGGAGAUCAGCAGCGCCAGGACGAUGUGGUGUAUGAGGACGAGGACGAUGAAGUGUCGCCGGAGUCUGUUUCGUCAGGGCCUGGUUCAAUGUUGAGUUUAUUGAAUCCGGCAGAGGCCAAAUCUGCGUUGACUGAUUUUUGGAGCGAAGUGCAGGGUCAGGCGCGCGAGUUUACGCGCAAUAUCACACCGUCGAUGCAGACCUUUGCUCACCGAAUGCAGGCAGCUGGGUUCCCGGCCCCAUUGGUGCAUGGCUUCCGUGAAAUUGAAGUGCCUGCAGGCUCGCUGUUGCCCCAAUUCGUACCGGAUAUUCCAAUUAUGGGACCGCUCAAUCCCGCCAGUUGGUCUCAGGAACAGAUUAAUGCGGCACUGAAUCCCCAAGUGUUUAAUUUGAUGAACCCUAACACUGUGGCCGAAAUCCCAGGUCUUGGACGUUUCUCUAUAGCCAUCCCGCCUGUCAAUGUCGAAUUCCCUUGGGCUGGAGCGGCACUCCAGGCCACUAAUGGUGGUCGAACGAAUUUGGCGUCCUCUGCUGCAGGACUACUGCCACAGUCUUUCCCUUCCUUUGUCAAGUAUGAGCGCAUUCCUGGCGAAGCACCUACUUAUAUGAAUUUCCCUGAGCUCGGAAUUUUCAACCCAGCCAAUGCUUACGAAAAUAAGCGCCAACUCUUUGUGGCUGGAGAUAUUAUUCAAGGCUCCUUCGAUCGUCUGAAUGACAUCAUCACUGGGAACGGAGCUCCUAAUAACUCUAAUGGACCAAUACAAAACCUACUUGCAGGUACCACCGCCGGAACCAACUCACUCCUGGGCGUAGCUGGACCUCUCGCCGGCGCCCUUGGUGGCAGCGCCCUUGGUGGCGGGGCCCUUGGAGGACUCUUCAAUUACCCCCUCCUCCAGACCGCAGAAGCCGGUACAGGACUCGUCCAGAACAUCGGCCAGAACAUCGGCCAAGGACUACUCGAACCCGUCUUCUCCAUCGUCAAUAGCUCCGGUACCGGAGGCGCUGUAAGAGGCAUCCUCGAUCGCACUGCCAGACUCGCCGGUGUUGGGCUCUAA